AUGUUCUUCUUGCUCGGGGUUGGAGCUGUGCUGCCAUUCAAUGCAAUAGUGACAGCUAUUGACUACUUCUCUCAGAGAUUUCCUACUAGAGAUCCUGCAUUUACAUUUCCUUUGAUCCUAAAUGGGCCCCACCUAGUAUUUAGCUUUGCCAAUGUAUUUUUGGCCAGUUUUCUCUCACUGAAAAUAAGACUUGUAGCUAGUCUGAUGUUUAUCCUCACGAUGCUGUUUGUGCUCCCUCUUGUGUCCAAUUUCGUGACUGAGCCAUUAGCAUGGAUCCUCGUCAUAUUAAUCAUCAUUAGUGUCGGGAUCGCAAAUGCAUUUGCUCAGUCAGGAAUUUUUGGGUUUGCAGGAAUGCUUCCUGAAAAAUACAUUGGAGCAGUCAUGUUAAGAAAUGGUCUUUCAGGAAUUGUGAUGAAUGUUUUCAGAAUGAUUACUUUAGCUAUCUUUCCUCCAGUUGAAGUUAGAAAGGGAGAAGUAGAUAUCUCUGCAUUCAUUGGGUGCCUUAUUUACUUUGCAAUUGCAGCUUUGGUUCUUAUGCUAUGUAUCCUUGGAUACUUUGUCGUCUGAAAAACCAGCUUUGCUAGACAUCAUAUGUCUAAAAUAAACAGCAAACAAGGAGAAUACAGCACUGAAAAAAUUGGAGGUUCUAAUAACCCUUCUUUAACUCUUCAUCGAAACAUAAUGUCAGAAGAAACAAGAGGAUAUUCAAAAAUCAACACAAAUGAUACUGAGAUGAACGGGCAAGAGCUAAAUACAGAACCUAAGACUUUUCUCACAGUUUAUAAAGAAGUUGGAUUCAUGGCUUUUCAGGUAUUUGCUUGAUUCUUAAUAACAUUUGUGGUAUUUCCUGGAACUCACUUGAGCACACACUUCGACUUUAUGGGCAACAGUCUAGCUGAUCAAGCUUGGUUCUCAGUAAUCAUGAUUACUUUGUAUAACUUCUUUGAUACUAUUGGAAGAUUUGCAGGAGGAUUUGUGAAGAUAUUCUCUCCUACAACUAUCAUUUCAUUGAUUAUCACGAGGCUGAUCUUCAUCCCACUAUCGGUUCUAGUUCAGAUAGGCUCAACACCAAGCUUGAUAUUUGAGUCAGACUGGUUCAGGAUCUUAAACAUGGCAAUAUUCGCUCUAACAAACGGUUAUAACUCAACUUUAUGAAUGGUAUAUGGUCCAUCAUGUACAGAUAAGAACAGCAAGGAAAGGGCAGGAAUUAUAAUGAGCUUACACUUAGUUGGAGGAAUUUUUGGUGGGUCUCUUAUAUCCUCAUUCCUAAUGACUCUGAUUUAA